AUAUAUGUCCGGUUAGAUGUUGGUUUUUUCCCUUCUCCUUUUUCAGUUUCUUUUUUAUUUUUCUCGAGAACCAAACACGCACCUUUAGUAACCAGUUACUUUUGGCUUUGGCUUUUAUCUUUUGUUAAUACUAAAAAGGAGUGGUGGAGGCUCUUUUUUUUUUUUUUCCAUUGACAUUCUUGAUAAGUAGGGAAGGCCAUGUGAAUUGUUUGAACUGGACUACGAUUAUCGACUUUCUUGACGGGGUAAACGUAUCAGUUAUUCUCAGUAUUGGUACAAAAUGGGUAAAUGCAAAGGUUGUGGGAAAUUAGGAAGGAUGCUAACGGGUGACGGACCUGCAAAAGCUUACCAUUAUGCUCUUCUUUGUUCCCCUGUUGUUUCUGUUUGGGAUUGCAUUGUCCGUAAGAUGAGGUACUCAUACAUACCUGAAUGGGUGUAGUCUUUGGUGUUAUAUAAUUAUAUAGGUAGCAUCGGAAGCUUUUUUUUAGAAUACAAUUAUAGAAGAAGGAAAAAAAGACAGCUACAUAGGGAAAAAUAUACAAUUUAGGGGAACCUUUUUAAAGUUUCAUGGAUAACAAGGCUUGUAAUAAAGUGCGACCGGGUGUGAGAAAAGCGAAAAAGAAGCAAGUGAAGGAUGAGUUGGAUCGUAUUAAACAGGCCGAGAAGAAAAAAAGGCGCUUAGAGAAAGCCCUUGCUACUUCCGCCGCCAUACGUUCUGAACUAGAGAAAAAGAAACAGCAGAAAAAGGAAGAACAACAAAGGCUUGAUGAAGAAGGUGCUGCAAUUGCUGAGGCUGUUGCUUUGCAUGUCCUACUUGGUGAAGACACUGAUGAUGUCGGCAAUUUCGAUCUAUUUAUCAAUGGAGGAAGUGGUCCUUGCCUUCCCCAUCAAGUUCAUUCAAAAGGUUUGGUCACUAAUGCAUCAUAUCGAGCUGGAUGUGAGUGGGCAAUGUUCGGAAACAGUGACUGGUCUUUCUCAUGUGGAGACUACGGAAGGGAUAUGAUUGAACCAUGUUUUGAGGAUAGUGUUUGGGGAACUGCAGGACUUUCAGCUGGUCUUAUCGCCGCGCAAGCUGUUUCGGCACUUCAGAUUACAGAGAAUUCAGAGGUAAACACGGUCGUCCUCAACGGGAUGUUGAGAGGAUAUGAUUGAACUAUGUUUUGAGGAUAGUGUUUGUUGCUACGUCAAACCUUUGCUCUCAAAGUCUGAAUAAUGGCUCUGUAUGUAUAUAUAUAUAUCUUUGAUGACUCUGUUAGUCGAGCUGCUUUACUUCUGUAAUCAACCUUUGUUGCACCA